AUGGCUACAAUUUGGCUCCUAAUCCAUGUUCUCCUUUUCUAUCUCUCGUUUCCCAACCCCACUUCUGCUUUGGGUGGUGGUGGUGGAGAUGUAAAAGAAGGCGGUGGCGGUUAUUUUCCGGUGCCGGCGACGGCAAUGCAUGGGACGUUGGUCAAGAGGGAUCAGCGGUGGCUGGUGGCGUCGUCGGCGUUUGGUGAGAUCACAGCCGUUAAAAUGAGUGAUGGUAAAGACGGAUUCUACCAUCUUCAGUUCAUCACCAUGGAACCUGGCUCUCUUUUCCUUCCUGUUCAUCUCCAUUCCGAUAUGGUGUUCUUCGUCGAUUCAGGGAAUGGAACUUUGAGUUGGACCGGUGUCGAGCAAGAUUACGGUGAACUCCGGCAAGUGAAUUUGCAGGCCGGAGAUGUUUACAGGCUUCGUAGCGGAUCUUUCUUUUACUUACAGAACAACUUAGAAUUCGAUCGCCAGAAACUUCGGAUUAACGCCAUUUUUUCCGAUUCGAAGGAGGAGCUAUUAGAAGGAUCAUCAUCGGGAGCAUACUCCAGCGUUAGAGAUUUGGUGCUGGGGUUCGACAGCAAAAUCCUUCAAGCUGCACUCAAUGUUAAGGAGGAAGUGAUAGAAGAGCUAAAACAAGGAGAAAGACAAGCCAUUGUUCAUGGAGUUGCAGAAACAGUGAAGUUGAAGGUUCAUUAUGGAAUCAUGAGAGCUUUACUUGGAGGUCGUAUGAACAUCAAUGGCGUGCUCAAUCUCAGUAAGAAGAAAGAAAAGGAUAAGAAAGAUGAAAAAGAUAAGAAAGAAGACGAUAAAGAGAAGCCGUAUAAUGUAUUCGAUGCUAAGCAUGAUGUUGAGAAUUGUAACGGGUGGAGUCUCGUUGUUACAAGCGAGCAAUUGGAUGCACUGAACGACUCCAAUUUUGGCGUUUUCAUGGUCAAUCUUACCAAGGCGGCAAUGAUGGGACCUCAUUGGAACCCAACGACGGCGGAAAUAGCAGUGGUUUUGCGUGGACGAGGGAUGGUUAAUGUGGUGUGUCCCAGUGCUACAAAUGGAACGGAGUGUAAAAACUCGAGGUUUAAGGUUGAAGAAGGCGAUACAUUUGUGGUGCCAAGAUACCAUCCGAUGGCUCAAAUGUCGUUCAACAACGAGUCGUUGAUUUUCGUGGGAUUCACGACGACGCAAAAGAAGAACCACCCGCAGUUUUUAGUGGGUAAGGCGUCGGUUUUGCAGGCGUUGGAUAAGGAGGUGUUGGCGGCAUCUCUUGGCGUGAGCAACACGACGAUGGAUCAGGUUUUGUCGGCUCAAAGAGAAGCGAUCAUCCUUGAAUGCGUUUCUUGUGCCGAAGAAGAAGAAAGGUUGGUGGAUGAAGAGAUUGCAAGAGAGAGAGAGGAAGCAAGGAAGCGGGAGGAGGAGGUAGAAAGGAAGAAGGAAGAGGAGGAAGCUAAGCGGCAGGAGGAGGAGAAAAGGAAAAAAGAGGAGGAGGAAGCACGAAAGAGGGAAGAGGAGGAAGCACGGCGGCAGGAGGAGGAGAAAAGGAAAAAAGAGGAGGAGGAGGAAGCACGAAAGAGGGAGGAGGAAGCACGGCGGCAGGAGGAGGAAGCACGGAAGAGGGAGGAGGAAGCACGGCGGCAGGAGGAGGAGGCAGCCGCUAGGCAACGGGAAGAAGAAGCUGCUAGGAGAUGGAAAGAAGAAGAGGAGGCAAAGAGAAAACGAGAAGAGGAGGCAGCUAAGCAGUGGCAACAACAGCAAGAGGAGGCGGCCAAGAGAAAACAGGAGGAAGCGGCAAGAAAAAGGGAGGAGGAGGCCGCUAGGCAACGGGAAGAAGAAGCUGCUAGGAGACAGAAAGAAGAGGAGGCAGCUAAGCAGUGGCAGCGACAACAAGAAGAGGAAGCCAAGAGAAAACAAGAGACGGAGGCAGCUAAGCAGUGGCAACGACAGCAAGAAGAGGAGGCCAAGAGAAAACAGGAGGAAGCGGCAAGAAAAAGGGAGGAGGCGGCUGCUAGGCAACAGGAAGAGGAGGAGGCCGCUAGGAGAUGGAAAGAAGAGGCGGCUAGGAGACAGAAAGAAGAGGAGGCAGCUAAGCAGUGGCAGCGACAGCAAGAAGAGGAAGCCAAGCGAAAACGGGAGGAGGAGGCAGCGAAGCAGUGGCAGCGACAGCAAGAAGAGGAAGCCAAGAGAAAACGGGAGGAGGAGGCAGCUAGGCAUCAGCAUGGUGGCGGUGGCGGUGGCGGGGCAGCGGAAUGGGAAGGAGAUGCGAGUAGAAGGAAAGAAGAAGAGAUGGCGAGGAGGCAGAGGGAAGCGGAGGCAGCAUCCGAACGAGGAGGAGGAGGAGGAGGAUGGCAGGGUAGAGGAAGGUAUGAAAAUUGA